CAGUUUGGAGGCCGCCGUGAGGGAUCGGUUGCGCGUUCUCCGGGAGCGAUGGAGGCGGGGGAACCGCGAACGCGCGUUCGGUGUUCCCCCGCCUCCAUCGCUCCCGGAGGACGCGGAGGAGGUGAGCGCCUUGCAGGCGCUGCCGAUCGACGUACAGCUGAAGAUCAUGUCCUUCCUCUCGCCCCAAGAUCUGUGCCAUUUGGGAAGCACGAGUUGUUAUUGGAGGGUGGCUGUGCAAGAUCCGUUGCUGUGGAGGUAUUUUCUCCUGAGGGAUCUCCCCUUUUGGACAUCCGUUGAUUGGAAAUCGCUCCCAGAUGUGGAGAUUUUUAAUAAAGCCUUUUCAGAGGUCAGCGACAAUGCGCUGUACGAUUACAUGGCAGUAUAUAAAAAAAGCUGUCCUCAGGGUAGAAGAAGUUUGAAAUCAAGCCGUCCCCGGUAUGGGGCUGUGACUUCCUUUCUGCAAUCACUGGUGACUCAGGCAGAACCUCGCUUCGCUAUGUUUGGGCCGGGUUUGGAAGAGCUGGAUGAGUCUUUAGUGCAAAAGAUGAUGACAUGUCCAGAAAUUCUGGUAGUAGCUGGCCUACCUCAGAGACAAAUUCAUGGAAUUGGAUCAGGAGUCAGUUUUCAGUUUAAUAACAAUCAAAAAUUCAAUAUUCUGACAUUGUAUUCAACCACCAGUGUGGAGAGGAGGAGAGCAAGGGCAGAGCAAGCUGUUUCUGAGAAUAAGAUGUUCUACCAAGAGAACAGCACAGUAGGGAAUCAGCAAGCUGUGCACUACAGUGUAAUAGCUCAAGUGAAAAAGGUGUGCGAAGUAGUUGAUGGAUUCAUUUAUGUUGCUAAUGCAGAAGCUCAUAAAAAGCAUGAUCGUCAAGAGGAACUGGCUCGUAUUCUGGCAAUGACAGAUCCAGCCCUUGGGCCCUCAAACAGACCUCUGCUGGUUUUGUCUUGUGUCUCUCAUGCCAAUGUGAAAAGAAUUCCGUGUGUUUACAUGGCCCAUCAGUUGCAACUAAAUCUGCUACGUCAGCCCUGGAUGGUGCAGGACACUGUAGCUGCAACUUUAGCUGGAUUGCUAAAUGGAAUUGAGUGGCUCCUGGAAGAAGCAAGUUGUAAAAAUGCGCAGUGAUGGAGCUGCACAUUAUUUCACUGUAUAGAGACUUCGAUGUUCUGUAGUUCAGACGAAGUGAGAAUCUUGUCCUGACAGAGCACUGGCAGAAGGGAAAUUGAAAAGGCAGACCUGCAUAUAUUUCACUGCAUGUACCUUAAUAAUUAACGUUCUUCCAACUUUAGCCCUGAAUUACAAGUGCAAGUAGGAUUGCGUGGAUUCCAGCAGCUGAUGAAGAUGUGAUCUGGGGGGACAACUAGGUUGUUUUGGGUUUUUUCUUUCUUCCUUUCGAGCUGGGGCCUUUAGGGUGCAAUCUUUUCUCAGUGUAUCUGAUAAUCUAGUCUCUUCUGUAAAUGUAUGUAAUGCUAGGUUAGUUUAUCAGCACAGCCCUGUAGCACGCAUCACACGUUCUGUAAGUAUACUCAGUGGACAUGUUGACAGUGAUGAUUCCUGACCAAAGAAAAUAUACUGUACAUUGUACAGUAGCAGGUUGACGGAAAGACAGUAUUUUUUUCAAAAGAGUAAAUCCCCCUGUACUUUUUCCAGAAACAAUGCUAGACAAGAAGUAGCACCUGAGGGAGAAUUGUUGGCCCAGACCAAAAUUCUUAGAAACAACCAACCAACCUACUGUGUAUGAAUUGGUUGUGUCUUGUGGUUGGUUAAUAACUAAGAUCACAAACAAAAGACUUCAGCAUCUUCUGCGUUCUCUUGCUGUGAAUUUACUAGCUAGAGCUGGACAUCUCUGAUGUCUUGAAUAAAUGUUAAAUAGAAUCAUUAGUACUUGAGGACAUUUAUCAAAUACUUAGGACCUGUCAGUUACUGAGAUGUGGCCGUUUACCAAUGUGAAGUGUACUUGACUGAAAUUUUCUACACAGUUGCAAGUAUUUUUAUAAAAAGCAAAACAACAUUUUAGAGCUGCAGUUGCGUUUUCCGUAUUGAUGUCAUUUGGGAUGGUCCUACACUCCCGCCUUCUUAAUGUUUUUUAGCUAUUGGAUGAAUGAUCAGAAACUCCCCUUGGAUUUCUUGCCUGUUCAUGUGUUGGUUUUGUUCUGGGUAUUUUGGGUUUUCUCCUCUCUUUCUCCAUGGAAAUGCAAUAGUCUCACAAUUUUUUCCUGGUGCCUGGAUAAAUUGCUACAUGGUGCACAUUCAGCUUUAACUGCCCUCAGUCUGGCGCAUGUGUGUGGUGCGUAACACAGCUGUGCCAGAAACAUGCCAUUUGACAAGUUUUUUGUUUUUUAAUGAGCUAGGAUAGUCACACGAAGUGUUGUCUUUGGGUAUAAGUGACUUCCCUGAUUGUCAAAUGAUCUGUCUGUAGAGGGUUGAAUGCAGCAACCUGUUGCUGUGUUUGCUACUACAAAUAAGGUUUUUUAAUGCAAGAUCCUCAUUCUGCUUUCUUCAUGAGGAAUAAUUUAUUUCUAAAAGAUA